GGCGGUGGCGUCCCAAGAUGGCGUCGUGGCUGCCGGAGACUCUGUUUGAAACUGUAGGACAAGGCCCGGCGCCGAGCAAAGACUAUUACCAGUUACUGGUCACCCGGUCUCAGGUAAUCUUUAGAUGGUGGAAGAUCUCUCUAAGGAGUGAGUAUCGAUCAACAAAACCUGGAGAAGCAAAAGAAAUCCAUGAAGACUUCCUAGAGAAUUUACAUCUUCAGAGUAAGGAAGGGAACAUAUUAUGUACCGCUGUUAAAUUCUCAUUAAUUAGUGGUAGAUUUUGUCAAAGAAGUUUCAAAUAUAUUAUCACUUGAAAUAUUGAUAUGCAA